AUCUCUUCCCAGGUGCGCCGUCUCUCUCCUGUGAUCGGCUCUUGCGGUCCCAUCGUCUCUCCUCACAGCUCCCAGCCGUGCUCCCCGUGCAGGAUGCUGGGCAUUCCUGUGCGGCUGCUCCUUUCAUAGUUCAUGUAUUUCGCGUCCUGUCUUUUACUGCUUUCGAUUCUUGCUGCAAGAGCUACUCUUCUCUCCGAGGCCGCGGGCGUGCUGAGGAACGUUACGGUCGGCGUCGCUGACCCUUCUGUCACAUUCUCCGCAGGGUGGAGUGUCGCAUUGUAUGCGGGUCAGGAAAUUGCUUUUGCGGAUGGGCUGGGCGAUGAGGUUGCGGCGGAGCUUCCUGUUGGCGCGGUUGCAGUGCAUUAUGUCGGGCUGAAGAGAAGUGGAGGGGCUUUGUACGCGGCUUGCUUGGAUUGCGACGUGUCGGGUGACGUGCAGUUUGAGGAAGUCGACGCUACAGACAGAAACGGGGACGAUUCUACGCCGGUCAUAUUAUUCUCCUUUACAGAACUUGAUAAUACGGUUGCCCAUGAGUUGCAGGUCGUGAACCUCGAGGAUCCGGCGUUCGGAGACACAAGUCAGAUUACAUUCCAAUCACUCAUCAUCACCGUGCAAGAAGAUGAUAAUAACACAUCCACUGCGUCGUCGUCGACGACCUCUGACUCGUCGACGACAAUCACUUCAGCGUCCAUAUCUACAACUAGUUCAGUCGUUCUUACCACCGUGCAGUCAAGUUCCCUCUCGACGGUUUCGACUACAUUGAGCACUGCCGCCACAGUGACCAGCACCUCGAGCGAUGCUCUCACCAGCACGACAUCUGCGUCUACUGCUUCACAAGCUGCUAUGACUGUUAGCUCAACCACUUCUCUGCAGUCCACUAGCUCAGCUUCAUCUUCGUCGGUGUCCUCCAUCACGGAAUCCGUCAGUUCGACUGAGACAGGGUCCGCCACAACGAACACUGCGAGCACGUCUGCGACUGCGUCUUCAACUUCGUCAAGUGAUACCUCCACUACCUCGUCUAGUAUAUCUUCUACUACGUCCACCUCGUCCACUUCUACUUCAUCUUCGAAUUCUUCCUCGCUAACGACUACCGCGGCACUCUCCACUCGUACAAUCGUCGCCGUGGCAGUCGGAUCCGGUAUAGGCAUCCUCAUUCUGCUGAGCAUCCUUGUCCUCUUCCUCGUACGUGCACGCAGACAACAGUCUCAAAGCGACACCGAGAGCAACCGCGGUCUCCGGCUCAUCAGGGAGAUCAGCGCACCCUCGUUAUUGUCCUCAUCGAACGUGCCCAUUCGUCCGCGCUCUUCAUAUAUCGUUCCUGACCGAGACGCGCCGGCGAGGCCGAAAAAUCCAUACAAGGGCCGCGUAAGGUCCAACGUUCCUAUCGACCAGCCCAGCCACCCUGUCACUCCACCACCAAUGCCUACUCGGAGCCCUCUCAGGUCAGAGUACCCGUCGUCAGUUUGGCUUGAGCGCAUCCCGAGGACGCCGACUGCGGGCUCGGACAUUAGUUUACCAUAUGCCCGGUAGGCAACUGCACUGCUCUGGCUGUAGUGUAGCCCGAAGGGCAAUUAUUUGAUGCUAGGUUGCAUAUCUUGGACAUUUCGAUUACGGUAAACCCAUAAUGCUUUUCAGACGUUCAUAUCUCAUUACUUCGUUGUAAAUGUUUUGUCUGUGAUGUUCUCGCAUCAUACCUGAGCGUUAUCUGACGUACACAAUUAAUGCGAGAGCAACGGAACCACUAGAACGAAGGCUCUACAU